AGCAAGCAGAAAGCCUAAAUUCAAAGAAUACAAAACUACAAGUCCGUAUUAAGUGCAAAGCUGUACAACUAGAAUCUUAAGAGUUUCACAGACUGAGAGUUUCACAGACGCAACAAGAUACCAACUUUGCGGGGUUUCUCGUGACGACUCACAAUCCAACCAAUAAGACCAUACCAUCCUCCUCAGUUCCUUUCUCCAUUUUCAUCAUCACUCAGAGUCUCAGUCAAGAACUUAACACAUCCUCACUCUGAUCACUUCAACAACCUUAGACUAGGCUCUAAUUAAAAUUUCAAUAUUUUUUCGCAUCUGGGUGUUUCUGAGUCUUCCUUUUCGGAUCGUUUUCUGAUCUGAGAGUUUUUUUUUUUUUUUUUUUUUUUGGGUGUGAAUUUUGUUACUUUUCUGAAUAAAAUCUAUAAGAAAAAAGUGAUCUUUGAAUUUGAUUCAUUGGUGGGUCAACCAUGGAUUCUUGCUGUGCCACACUGAAGGCCAAUGCUUAUCCAGUUAAACUUGGCGGAGGAUUGAACAAUGGAGGUACAAGGUUUUGGGGUGAGAGUAUCAGAGGGAGCCCGAAAAGCAGGGAUUUAAGUACCCAAUUGUUGAAAAGUUCAAAAAAAGAAACCAGCAGGAUCACUAAGCUUAAGCCCGGUGUUGCCUAUUCUGUUCUCACUUCAGAUAUCAACAAACAGAACCUGUCAUUUCAUGAACCACUUUUUGAGACUCCAAAGGCAGACCCGAAAAAUGUAGCUUCGAUCAUAUUAGGUGGAGGUGCUGGAACUCGCUUAUUUCCUCUUACUAGUAGAAGAGCCAAGCCAGCGGUUCCAAUUGGAGGGUGUUACAGGCUGAUUGAUAUCCCAAUGAGUAAUUGCAUCAAUAGUGGCAUAAAGAAGAUUUUUAUUAUGACACAGUUUAACUCUUUUUCCCUCAAUCGUCACCUUGCUCGCACCUAUAAUCUCGGAAAUGGUGUGAAUUUUGGAGAUGGAUUUGUGGAGGUUUUGGCUGCCACUCAAACACCAGGAGAAAAAGGGAAUAGAUGGUUCCAAGGAACAGCAGAUGCUGUAAGGCAAUUUACAUGGGUCUUUGAGGAUGCCAAGAACAAGAGUAUUGAGCAUAUAUUGAUACUGUCAGGUGAUCAUCUCUACCGGAUGGACUAUAUGGAUUUUCUGCAGAAGCAUAUUGACACAGAUGCUGAUAUUACAGUUUCAUGUGUGCCUAUGGAUGACAGCCGUGCAUCUGAUUACGGACUGAUGAAAAUUGACAACAAAGGACGUAUUAUUCAAUUUUCUGAGAAACCAAAAGGCCCAGACUUGAAAGCAAUGCAAGUUGACACCACUAUUCUAGGACUUUCUGAGAAAGAUGCUCGGAAUAACCCUUACAUUGCAUCAAUGGGUGUUUAUGUAUUUAGAACUGAUGUUCUACUAAAGUUAUUGAGAUGGAGUUACCCUUCAUGCAAUGACUUUGGCUCUGAAAUUAUUCCGUCAGCUGUGAGGGAACAUAAUGUCCAAGCUUAUUUAUUCAAUGACUACUGGGAGGACAUUGGAACUAUAAAGUCCUUUUUUGAUGCCAACUUGGCCCUCACAGAACAGCCUCCAAAGUUUGAAUUCAAUUAUCCAAAGACACCUUUCUACACCUCACCUAGAUUCUUGCCGCCUACUAAAGUUGAAAAAUGCAGGAUUUUGGAUGCAAUUAUUUCUCAUGGUUGCUUCUUGCGGGAAUGUAGUGUUCAACACUCUAUAGUGGGUGUGCGCUCACGUUUAGAGAAUGGUGUAGAACUCGAGGAUACUAUGAUGAUGGGUGCAGACUACUACCAAACAGAAUCUGAAAUUGCAUCUCUGCUAGCAGAGGGAAAGGUUCCAGUAGGCGUAGGACAGAAUACCAAAAUCAGGAAUUGCAUAAUUGAUAAGAAUGCCAGGAUUGGAAGAGAUGUGGUCAUUGCAAAUGGUGAUGGUGUUGAGGAAGCAGAAAGGCCAAACGAAGGGUUUUACAUUCGGUCAGGGAUUGCGGUCAUACUGAAGAAUGCAACAAUUAAAGAUGGAACGGUCAUUUAGAUCUUUCACACUUGCAAAGAGUUCAUGUCCAGAUUGAGCCAGUGUUGCAAGCAUUAGCCAGCUAGUUUUGGGUUUUAAAUUGCAUGCAGUAAUAAAUACUAGCAGGAAUGCCCCUAUAUAUGUAAAUCACUAGUUCCUUAGAUAUCUGUAGGAAGGCCUCCUAGUUCCUGAAUAAAAAGAACUGUUGCUUGAUUCAAUUUAGUAGUUCAAACUGCAUUCUUAGUCUCUCUGUACAUUAGUCACACUUCAAUUUUGCCUAAAUAAUUUUAGUCUCUGCUCGUUUGUCAUA